AUGGACAGGAACACUAUUUUUUUCAACAUAGGAACUGUGUCGAUCACUGCUUUAGGUGCUACUGUGGGUGAUAUAAUCAAACGUAGUAAUCCUUUAUUUCCGAUGAUUUGUUUAAAAAUUUUGAAUAUAUGUCCAAAAUACCCUUGUUUGAUUACGUCAAAUCUUCCGAUUGUAUUCAAGCGUGAGAUCUUCAGUUUUGGUCCUACGUUUACCAAAAAGUCACAAUCUUACAAAGAAAGAAGACUGUUAGGUUAUUCUCCGGAAAACAUGUUUGAUAUUGCAAUUGACGUUGGUCGUUAUUCAGAAUUUAUACCUUGGUGUAACCAAUCAACUGUUUUGGAACAAGGUGAAAAUAACAUGCUAGCUUGUUUGGGUGUUGGAUUUCCUCCACUUAGUGAAUCAUACAUGUCUCGAAUAACAUUUCAGCGACCGAAACACUUAAAGUCUGUCGCACAAAAUGCUGGAAUGUUUCAUCAUUUAAUUAAUGAAUGGCAUUUUCAUCCAGGUCUCCCAGAGAAUCCGAAUUCUUGUUUUGUAGAGUUUUCCGUUGAUUUCGAGUUUCGUUCUCCUAUUUAUUCAAAAAUUGCUGGAUUAUUUUUUGAUCAAGUUGUCACUGUUAUGAAACGAGCAGUAUUUCUAGGUUUACUGAUGUCAAUGAAUUCAAAUCUAUGCGUAUUAACACAAAAAAUUGGACGUUUUUUACUUAUCGGUUUAAAUAGACCAGAGAAAGGUAACUCAAUAAAUCAAACAACUGCUUCAAUGUUAAAUGAUAUAUUAUACAACCAAUUUGAUAAAGAUGAUAAUAUUAUUGGUGGUGUAUUAUAUGGUGAAGGAAAAGAUUUUUGUUUGGGUUUGGAUAUGGAAGAAUUAACGGAUUAUAUAAAACAAAAUCCAACUUGUGAUAACACAUCAUUGAAUAAACUUUAUUCAUGUUUAUCUAUAGAUUCUACUAAAUUGACAUUUUCAAAGCCGCUUAUUGCAGCAAUUACUGGAAAAGCUAUCGGUGCUGGUUUAGAACUAGCAUUAGCAUGUGAUCUACGUGUUGCUGAGAUUGAUUCUAUAUUGAGUUUACAUAAACGAAAACAUUGUAUACCAAUGAUGAAUAUGGGUACAAUACGUUUACCAGGAUUAAUAGGUUUGUCUCGUUCUCUUGAUAUGAUACUAACUGGACGUGAAUUGCAUGCUACUGAAGCUUUAGAAUUUGGAUUAGUUAAUCGUGUUACUCCAACUGGAACUGCUAUUGGUGUUUCAGUGAAAAUGAUUGAUGCUAUACAUCGACUACCUGGAUUAUCCGCUUUAUACUCUGACAGAUCUAAUGUAAUACGAGCUAGUCAAUAUUCCAUGAAUUCAGAAUUGGCAAAAAUGGAGUAUACUGAAGCUUUGAAUGCAUUUAAAAAUGAAGGAAUUAAUGUGACUAAUGAAAAAAUAUCGGAUCAACCAACGACGGAACGUGAAUGUAAUGGAAAGUGA